UACGCCGAUGUGGUUAGGUUAGGAGAGAAGAGGUUAUUGUAUCUCGUGUAUUUUUUAUAUUUAAUAGAUUUGCACCGUGUUGCAUAAUUGUAGGACUCAAUACAAAUGUUAUAGAACUGUAAAAUACCGAAUAAUCAUAUUGAAUAUGACGUUUAUAUUGCGAUCGUUAACACCCUAUGUGAGGAGACACUGCGUGCCCAUCGAUUAUUUACUUCGAGCGCCUAAUCACAGGAUUCAUACAUCAAAAUGUGUGUCCCAUGGCGAGUACGAAAUGCAGGACCCCAAGACAGAGGCUGAUGUAGUCAACAUUACUUUUAUCGACAAAAAAGGCGAGAAGAUUGCUGUAAAAGGGAAAGUGGGAGAUAAUGUACUCUAUUUGGCCCAUAGAUAUGGGAUUGAAAUGGAAGGAGCGUGCGAAGCCUCCCUAGCAUGUACGACCUGUCACGUGUACGUACAUCAUGAUUACAUGGACAAACUUCCAGUUUCUGAGGAGAAGGAGGAGGAUCUCUUGGAUCUAGCACCUUUCUUGAAGGAGAAUUCUAGGCUAGGUUGCCAAAUAAUUUUGACGAAAGAAUUAGAUGGCAUAGUGCUAGAAUUACCAAAGGCAACUAGAAAUUUCUAUGUGGAUGGACAUACUCCAACUGCGCACUAGAAUAUUCUCCUUUUCCUUUAUCGAAAUUAGCUGAAAAUGUAAAUAUUUAUAAUUGACAAUAUUUUUUGUACGUCUUAUAAUAAAUACUGUUACAUCGGCAA